AUGCGCCUCGUCGACCGCUCGUUGGAGAACCAUAAACGCAAGCCUAUUCCGCGCGACCCCCGUGAUGAGGCAGAGCGGCUGAAGGCUAUGCUUGCGACUGCGGGCGGGCGCGCCCCGUCCCUGGACAAGAUGGAGUUUGACCAGGCGGCGAAGGAGCAGCUCACGUUCGCAGCCGAGGACAACGAGAUGUCAGAGGAGCGGAUCUCCCUUGGGUCCUUUCUUGAGCUUCGUGGAUAUGGAACAAGUUCGAUGCAUGCCGUCGCCCUCCGUAACAUGCCCAUCAAUAACCAGGCUGGCUUCGAGGUCUUCACGUCUACCGGCGAGCUUUGGAAAGUCACGACCGAUAACAUCUUAUACCACAUCCCCCAAUUCGUUCCCCUCGAUGUAAUCGCACGCUGCGGUACGGAAUUCACGGCACAGAACAACCAUGAACUCGCCGCGCGCACGAGGAUCCUCCUCAAGCUCCGUGAGAUGGACCGCGACAUUGAGGAGCGGCGCGCGCAGUUCACCCACCCCCCAGAGGCCGUGUACGAGCACUUCCGCCAUCUGGACGACAAUCAGUGGAGCACGGUAUCCCCCCAAGAGGUCGCAGAGGCCUUCGCUGUCAAGAAUCGCGAGCCUACGACAGUUGACAUUCUCGCUGCCCACAAGUUCAUGUACGAGCACAACCUGUACUUCGUGCGGCAGUUCAGCUUCAUGUCGGAGGCCUCCUACGACGUCCGGCCGAAGGCCCAUGUCGACCUGCUCUCCACUGUCUUGUCUUGGGCGCGCCCGAAGGCAGGGGAGAAGGACCAGCGGCACAUUCUUCAAGCGUUCGCCGAGAAGGCCGCGGAGGUCGUGCAGAAGCAGGAACAACUUACUGCGGAGACGCGCGACGAGCCGCUGAAGCGCGUGCCCGCCGAGCACCACUGGACGCCGAACGAGCUCAUCAUCCUGCGCACCCUGCUGAAUGCGGUCGACGUCACGCGCGAGAACUCGGCGUACGACGCGGUGAUGUGGUACGUCGUGGGCAAGGUGUUCCCGCGCGAGAUACGCGUGAGCGACGACACGCUCAUGCAGACGAUCCGCGCGCUGGGCGUGCUGAGCCCGUCGCUCAACCCCGCGCUGCUGGCGCCGAGCCUGCGGCUGCCGCUCAACCCGGAGGCGCGGGAGGCGGCGGUGCAGAAGGACGACGCGUUGGUCGAACGUGCGGUGAAGCGCACGCCCGUACAGACGCCCCUGGGACCGGAGGACUUCCAUGCCGUCGAUCCUUUAGAGGCGGUGCGGCACGACUGGGGCGAUAUGCCGGUAUAUGUCGUCGACGACGUGGGCGCGCACGAACUCGAUGACGGUAUCUCCGUCGAGCGCGAUGGAGAGGACGUCUGGGUCCAUGUCCACAUUGCGGACCCGGCGUCGGUGAUCCCGCCGGGGCACGUCUUCGCUCAGCGCGCAGCAGAGCGAAUAGAAACAUUAUAUCUGAGCGACCGCAUCUACCCUCUGUUGCCAACUUCGCUGGUCCAGCACCCCGUUAUUGGCUCGUCAUUAGGAGGCGACAGGGGGCGGCCCGACCGCGUGUUGACCUUCAGUACGAAGCUUGACGCAGACGGAAACCUCAAGGACUAUGCUGUCCGCGCCGGUCUAGCUAGCAACGUGAAGAAAAUGACAUACGACGCCGUCGACGCUGCCCUCGGCCUGCCGCGCAAUCUACCAGCUUUCCCGUUCGGCGCACCUUCGACUUUGCCACCGAUUCCAUCAGCCAACCUCGACGCUGCCGACCUCGAGAACUUCAGGACGUUACAUGCCAUGGCGAAGCGCUGCAUACAGCGGCGAUGCGACGAGGGUAUCUUCCUCAACAAGGAGUACAAAGCUUCCCCGUGGCACAUCGACCCUGGGACCGACAAGGAUAUCUACUUCGAGCCUGGAGCGUUCCGCGGUGCGCAGCGUGUCGAGCUUGCAGUCAGAGACGUCAAGCAAGAAUCGGCAGGCGCACGCGGCAUCAUCGCUGAGGCCAUGAAGCUCGCCGGGCGCGCUGCCUCGCUGUACGGUCUCCACAACGACCUCCCGCUCAUCCGGCGCUCAGCUUCUGCCCCCAUCCCCCGCACGGAUGCCGACCUCGAAGCGCUGCUCGACCUGCGCGACGACGAGGGCUUCGUCGAAUGGCACGAAGUGAUGGGCCGGCUGGAGAUGCCCAGUUCUGGCGCGUUCACGCUGCAGCCGAGCGCGCACUUCACGCUCGGCGUGCCCGAGGGCGAGGGCUACGUGCGCGUGACGAGCCCACUGCGCCGGCACGCGGACCUGCUCGCGCACUACAACAUCCACCAUCGGCUCUCGGGCGCAGAGGGCCCCGUGCCAUUCGACACGCGCACGCUCGACGAGUACAUGCACACGCUGCGCCGGAAGACACGGUUCAAGCGGCGCAUCGAGGCAUCGGAGAAUUCCUUCUGGUCGACGAUCUUCAUCAAGCGGUUCGUCGAGGACUUGCGGCUGGGGAAGGCGGAUGGGAGCCUGUUGCGCAACUUGGAUGCGUACGUGAACAUGAACUUUGGGCUGGACGGGAGGAUGAUGGAGUUCCGGCUGGAUUCCUACGUGCCCCAGCUGGGGCUGCGAAUACGGGCUUUCAAGGACGACCAGGGGUUGGCUACUGUUCCUGUGGGCCAUCGUGUACAGCUCGCCGUCACUGGCGCAAGCUUGGGUCUUCCCUCCUACGUGUAUGGCCAGGUAGACAAGUAUUGA